GCUGGGCAGGCUAAAGGGCCAAACGUGCUCACGGCCUUCUCAACACCCGCAACGAAGCGAUCUGCACAUGGAGCUGCACUGGCGCUGCUUGGAAACUUAUAUGGUAGAAGUUUUAGCAAGAGACGAGAGAAAUUGACCAGUCUCCUUGAGGUAUAUAAAGGGGUGUUGGCUUUGCUAUCCACUGCCCCUCUCCACUCUUACGCAUACCUUAAUCUUAAUUAAGACCCCCAAUCCAUCGCGACUACCUGCGAAAACAAUUUCAUCACUUGCGCUCCACCCUAAGGCCAUCCCCUGGACAUUGCUCUUUUUCUCCCUCCGCAACCCCACCACCCUCCUAUUGUUUGCUAUCCCGAAACGCAAAACCACGACCGGGCCCUAAUAAUUAUACAACGACCAUCCUUACUAUACAUCAUCCAUCCUUCACAGGGAAUAUGGCAACCCCUACCAGCCCCACCAACAAUGUCCCUUUCCGGACCACUACCGCCAUGACCGACGAAGACUGGACACCGGGCGAGGAUACCAGCGAGGUGACAAAGCUAUUUCAUGAGCGAUUGCAGGCCUGGAAGCAUGCUUGCGGCUAUCUUGAAGACUACAUUGGUGCAACAGAAAAGCUGCAUCAUAGUCAGGCAAAGGACUAUGAAAAAGUGCUUAAGACCGUGUCAAAUCCACUAAAGGAGGGGCACCACUUCGCCCAGGACCUUGGAGGCAUUGCCGGCAUGUUUGACAACAUUAGGUCUAAUACACAGGGCAUCGCUAAGUCUCACACCGAUACCGAGAAGACCUUGAAGGGUUCUGUGCUCCCUGUCUUCGAACGUCUCCAUACCGAGAUCAAGAACAAACAGAAAGAACUUACUAAAGGUGCUGGUAAAGGCAGUAAGAAUGUGGAUAAAGCACGAACCGCGUCUCAGAAACACAUUGAGAAAUUGGGUCAACACACUGCUACAUUUGACUCUGCAGGCGGCAAGAUGACUGCUGCUAAUGACCCAUACGUCCUGAGACGUGGUGUGAUGCACCUACUCAACAAGCAGAUCAUCGAAGAAAACAAUAACCGUACAGACAUUAUCGCUGUACAGAACAGCUUCUCUCAAUUUGAAGCACAUGUCAUUGCCACUCUUCAAACGGGUAUGGGUCAAUUUAUGCAAGUAGUCAAUGGCCAGUCUGAGCAGCAGAAAGCCAUCUUUUCAGACAUUACUGCAACCUGUCAGCGCAUAGCACCAGACUUCGAAUGGAACGGCUUCGUACAGAGGAACAACACGGUACUGAUUGACCCGAGUGCUCCUCCACGGACCGUUAACGAUGUUGCCUUCCCUAACGAUCGCCAUCGCGCGACCCAGCCGAUGAUUGCGGGCUCACUGGAGAAGAAAGGCAAACUGCUCAAGAAGUAUGACACAAACUAUUACGUUAUCACGCCGUCCAAAUUUCUCCACGAAUACAAAACCGAUGACGACUUCCAGAAGGAACCAGCGCCGGAGAUAUCUUUAUACCUGCCCGACUGCCUGGUCGGUGCUGUCAACGGGCAAAAGUUCAAUGUCAAGGGGAAGGAUGUGUCUGGCAGCAGCAUUGUCAACAAAAUGAGCAUAUCGCACGAAUUUCAGUUCAAGGCCCAUACUCCCGCAGACGCCGAACAAUGGUAUGAAGUCAUCAAAGCGGCGGCGGGUAACAGCGCCGUAUCCACUGAGCUUGCACCCACCGUAAGCGACAGCGCUCCAAGCAGCCCAGCGGUUGCACAAGGGGAGGCUGUUACAGCUGAGAAGCAGUCAACACCGUUGACUACCACCGAUCUGCCACCAGAUACAACUACAGCCGCUACUCCAGUUGUUGCCACCGGUGACGGUUCUGCACCUGUAAGCGGUGUUGAGGGAAAACCUGGUCAAUACUAGUGCGUACUCCAUGAAAGACGUGCAUCAGUUUGAGGAAGCAAAUUGUAGACACUUAUACCCUCGCUUUGUUGAAAUUUCCCCGACAUCAACUCAUGCAGGCGCAGGUAUCGAGAGGAGGUCAUUUGCUAUAUAGGAUAAAUAGUGUUUAAUGGAUUUUGCUUGCAAACUCCCUCAUCAUGUAAGCUAUGUUCAAUUAUUAAUUGUAUCGAAUGACCACGUUGCACAGUGAGCGUAUGUUCCAC